AUGAAGAUCAGCUCCAUCGUCUCUUCGGCUAUCCUAGCCUCCUCCGCCCUGGCUCUUCCAGCGGUCCAGGCUCGCAACGACAUCGCUGCCGAUAAAGCCGAGUUCAUCGAUCUCACUGAGAGCAUCAAGGCUGACGUGCUGAAGUCUCUUGAUGAGCGUGAAGCAGCUCUGCGCAAGCGUGGCGAAAAGGCCACUUGCACGGCCAGGAAUAUCGCGUUCCGUCGGGAGUAUGGCUCUCUUUCCAAGAAAGAAAGACUUGCCUAUGUCAAUGCUGUUAAGUGUCUUCAGAGAUUGCCGCCGCGCACACCUGCUAAUGUUGCAGCUGGCGCACGGUCGCGGUUUGACGAUUUUACCGUGACACACAUUCAACAGACGAUGACCAUCCAUUACACGGGUAACUUCAUGCCAUGGCACCGUUGGUUUGUCCAUCUGUAUGAAAAGGCGCUCCGGGAGGAGUGCGGCUACACCGGCUACCAACCCUACUGGGACUGGCCCAGGUAUGCCUCGGCGCCUGAAAAGUCCCCAAUUUUCAACGGCGACCCCUACAGCCUGGGUGGAAACGGAGAUUACGUGCCCCAUGACGGACCCGUCAUCACCCCACCCGAUGGUGUCGGCGGUGGCAACAUCCAGCUGCCCGCUGGUGUUGGAGGCGGUUACGUGACCACCGGGCCCUUUGCCAACAUGACGGUGCAUCUCGGUCCCGUGGGUGGUCUCGAGGGAACCGCGCCAGGUCCCGAUGGUGGUCUUGGUUACAACCCCCGCCGUUUGAAGAGAGACGUCGGCCCGGCCAUGAACCAGAGAUAUGCCAACUACACCACUGUGCUGAAUCUGCUGCUGAAGCCCAGUUUCGCGGAAUACCGCCUCCUUUCCGAGGGCGUGCCCUACACUGUUGAAAUCGGACCCCAUGGAGGCAUGCAUUACGCAAUCAGCGGUGACCCGGGCGCUGACCUGUUCACUUCUCCUGGUGACCCUGCUUUUUGGGUUCAUCACGGCAUGAUGGACCGGAUGUGGACCUUCUGGUGA